CCGCCUCACAGACGUGCUCCGCCCACAGCAAGAAGACCUGUGCCGAUGGCGUGCGAUAGCCGAGAGUGCGCGGGCUUUUGAUGCGCGUGGCGGCCGCCUCGGCUACCCUCGGCUACUCUCGGCUACUCUCGGCGGGCCUCGCAGUAGUUGAUGAGCGUGGCUGCGGAUUGCUCGCACUUCGCCACCACCAGCACCCGGAGCGCGCACGCCAGCGCCGACGGGCAGCGUGCGCCCGACUGCGCCGCCGGCGACGCUGCGGACAGCGAGGCCGGCCCGGCUCCGACGGACAGGAGGGGGCUGUGGAGUGGAGUCUGCGGAGUGGCGGCGCCGAGAAAGACCUGCUCACACCGCUGCAAGUGGGCGGCGCUCGCCGACUCGACGAGGGCAAGAGAGGUUGUGUGCCCUGCGCGGGAAGUACUGGUGCAGCAGUCGGCGGACCUGCACGAGGGAGGGAGGGCACAACAGCUGGUCCUGCACGCCCAGCUCGCGGUACAGCGCGGCCGGGUCCUGCCCGUUGCUCACGAGAGCGAUGAGUACCGUCGACUCGGAGCCGCACUCGAAGCCUGCAGCAGAGAGCAGGUCCAGAGACACGAGGGCGAUGUCCGCACCCUCCCGGGGCGCCUCCGCGGCGGUGCCGGCCCGCCCGCCCUCCUUCCCUCCUCCCGCCUCUGCCGCGUGCGCCACCCUGCCCGCGUCGCCUCGCAAGCAGGCGCGGAGCUCGCGGCCGCACGUCGUGGCACGGAUGGCAAAGUGGAUGGGGGGCAAACGCGGCGCGUUCGAGCUGGCCGCCUCGCGGAUCUGAUCGACCACCUCUUCGACCAAGCCGGCGUCGGAGGCGGCGACGAGAAUAUUGGCCGCCUAUAUUAUGAAGGUGGCGAGUGAGGCGUGGCGAAUUGGGUCGCCCCCCACAACACACCAGAACCGGCGCAGCAGAGGUGGAGAGGGCUCGCGCAAGGCGCUCGAUCAGCCGGCGGCGCGACCGAUGCCAACCCGCGGGCUCGACGCGGCUGGGAGGUAGGCGAGUUGACCUUUUCUCCGGAGAAGCAGCCUCGGUGACACGCGAGGAGUAGUCCCAAAGUGAAGGAUCCGAUGUCUCGCGUGGCACAGGAAUUUGCCCCGAAGACGUGCGGAUCAUCUUUGGCGGGUCCGCGUCCGGGCGGCUCUCUGGCAGCCUUUGGUCGAGCUUCGGGUGACGAGGCGAGCCGCGCGAGCCUUUGGACGGCGAGACAUUCAAGGGUUGGAAGCCG